AUGGAGAUCGCAGAGAUUUGGCUCAAACAAUUCCAGCGGACGCUGGAGCUGCCAAGCGCCAUGAAUUGCUUCCAGUGGCUCUUCAGCAGCGGGACGACUGAGAUCAUUCGGCCAAGCAAGUCAAAUGAUGGCAAGCGACUGUUGGUGCCAAAGGGAGAACAGAUGUUUGGCUUGAUGCCCUUGUGCUUCGCCACCUAUCCAGCGAUUGCCUUGCGUGUGCCAAAGUGCGACGAGAAGCGCUUGAAGCAGUCCUUGUCCAAAGCACUCGAUUUGGUGCCAAGCGCAGCUGGACGCUAUGGAGAGAAUGGGGACAUUUUGGAGCUCAACGACGCAGGUGUGCCAUUUACCGUGGUCCAAUCGCAGGAAGCCUCUGCACCCGAGAAGAUCGAGGAGCCAAAGCUCCUGAACUUUGCCACCUUCCACAGGCCAUGGAGUGUGCGGAACGGCUACAGUCCUUUGAUCUCAAUCAAAUUGACCAGCUACAAAGAUGGAAGUGGUGUCCUGGCCUUCUCUCGCUCACACAUGUUGUUCGAUGGCUCCUCGGCUUGGAUCUUCUUGGGCAUUUGGGCUAGCUUCGCAAAGGGCGACACCGUCAAAGAGCCCUCAUGGCGGAAGGAGGAGGUGGUCAAACUGCUUCCUGAUGAUAAGGAAUUCCAAGAAAUGGCACAGAAAAUGUUUGGCAUCAACCCAAAACCCACGAUCUUGACCAAACUCAUGAAGAACUUUCUGAUCCCAGUGGUCGGUGCUGUCAUGGACACGUUCUUCCUCUACGCUGGCUACUCCUUGACCAGAUAUCGGUUCUUCUUCUCAGAUGAAGAGUUGGCCCUGCUGAAAGACGAGGCAACGCCCAAGGAGGUGGCAGCAGGUCAAGACAACUGGGUGACCACACAAGAAGCUCUUUGUGCUUUCAUGCUGUUGGCUCUUGGGCGCAACUGCUUGCCAAAGACCUGCUCGGGAAGUGUUGCGAUGAUUUUUCUGCUGGAUGUCAGGAAAGCCCUGAAGCUGUCUCCAAAUCAGCUCAUGGGAAAUGGCCUCACCUUCUGCAGCCUCUCGAUCGAGUCGCAGAAAUUGUUGGCCAUGGAUCUCCCUGGCUUAGCAAGCCACUUACAUCAAAUGCUCUCCACAGGUGAGGGCCCUGGCUCCCUCGAGUCACAGCGAGACUUGUGGCGAGUCACCAACGGUGCCUGCGAGAGAGAGGUUCAGAACAAUAUUCUUCAAAAGAUUCAUCGGCCAGAUAACUGUGACUUGAAAUUUGCCGUGAACAACUCCUCGAAGAGAAUCUUGCCAGACUAUGGCAUCGGCCGCUGCGAUUCUGUGGUGACCAAUGCCGGGCCAACCGUCUUCCUGCCACCUGGAUCCACCACGAUCCACCUAGCCUUCGACCGUGCGGAACGGGCAGAGGAUGAUUUGAAGCAGGCUUCAGGGUCGCCCUUGGCUUGUUUGAUGACUGACGAGUGGGAUGGUCCUUGCGACACUGCGACUCACUGUCCUAGGCAGAUGCAAACCACCGAGAGCACCAUGUACACAGAUCCACAGGCGCUCACCGUGGAGCCCAUGAAUUCGGGCCCUCUCGCCUCAAGUUCCGUCGACGUGCGAGAGCUGAAGGCUGCCAUCCAGAAGGCGCUGGGCAUUCCCAGCCACCAGCAGCGCCUCCUCCGCGGCUCUGAGGAGUUCAACGAGUGGGAUGGCCUUGGAGAAGACUUCGAGGUGUCUCUACUGCGGCAGGCCGCCCUGACGGACAGCGAGAGAUCCUAUUGGGCCGAGCAGUUGCAGAAGGAUGGAAUGGAGCUGCUCUAUGCCCCCGAAGAGGUCCAGGCAGAUCGAGAGCUGGUGAUGCUGGCAGUCCAACAGGCUGGCGAAGCCUUGGCCAUUGCCGCCGACGACCUGCACCACGACCGCCCGGUGGUCCUCCAUGCAGUGAAGCAAAACGGCUUAUCCUUGACCUAUGCCUCAGCAGCGCUGAAAAAUGAUAAGGACUUGGUCUUGACCGCCGUGCGGCAGAACGGCUUGGCGCUGCGCCACGCGGACGGACGCCUGCGGCGGGAUCCUCAGGUGGCCAUGGCUGCUGUGCAGCAGAACGGCUAUGUCAUUUCGGAUUCUUCCUUCGACGCAAGCUUAAGAGAUGACCCAGACAUCGCCCUAGCAGCAGUCUCUUACGAUGGCUGUGCCCUGAAGCAUGUGUCUGCGCAGUUACGAAAGGAUCGGCAAAUCGUUUUGGCUGCUGUGCGAUCCAAUGGCAACGCCAUUAUGUGGGCAGAUCCAGUCUUUAGAUCUGAUCGAGAGGUGAUGCUGCAGGCGGUGCGCUACCAUGGCACCUUACUGCGGUGUGCUUCGGAGGACCUUCGUCACGACCGCGAGGUGGUCUACCAGGCAGUCCUGGGCCAUGGUUAUGCCUUAUCCUAUGCCUCGACGCCUUUGCGGGCGGAUCCCUUGUUGCUACGCCUGUCAUCUCGCCCACACUGUCAUAUUCCAAUUCGCCUGGAAGACGAGAAGAUUGUUUACAUCGAGGACUGCAGUAGGAGCGAUGCUGAUGCCGACGUUCUCGACCGGUGGAUGUCCACACCAAUGCCGGACCGGGCGAGGAAAGAGGAGGCUGAGGAUGAGUUUAAGCGCUUGGCCGAAGCCUACGAUGUCCUGAACGACCCUGAGAAGCGGAAGAAGUACGACCAGUUUGGCAAGGAGGGCCUGCAAGGUGGUGAUUCGGGAGCUGGUGUGUCUCCCGAGCAGGCGCAAGCGGAGAUGUUCUUCAAUCUCUUCGGCGGCGGCCGACCGUCGCAGGGAACCACCCGGGUGGUCUUCAGUGGCCCUGGGGGCGAAAGUAUGGACGUUGAUGGCAUCAACCUGUCAGACAUUUUCAUGUCCAUGGGUUUGGGCGGUAUGGGUAUGGGUGGUAUGAACGGCAUGGGUGGACUGGGCGGCAUGGGCGGUAUGAACGGCAUGGGUGGUAUGAGCGGUAUGGGCAGCAUGGGUGGUGAAAUGGUGAUUGUCCACAGCUUGAACAAGGCCAAGGAGCGCUUGGGCGACCAGGGUGACACGUGUGGCACAUCAAGGGCAGAACAUAGUGGCGGCUUGCAGUUGCAUGCAGAGCACAACGGAAAGCGUGGACACGUGGGCGGCUUCGACCCUCAGCGUUGCCGCUAUGAGAUUCGCCUAGAGGACGGCCCGGUGAUCCAUGUGCGUCCUGAGAACAUCACUCAGCAGAGCACCGUGACCAUCCAUGGGUUGAACAGCAAGCCAGAACUCAAUGGCAAGACUGCCCAGAUCGUGAGCUUUGAUCCGGCGACCAAACGCUAUGUGGUUUUGGUGAAUGCUGGCAGCGCAGCUCCAGUAAUCGUGAGCCUGCAAGGCGGCAACUGUAUCUUGAAACCUGGUACUGCCGUGAGGCUUUGUGGCCUAAGCAAGGCGCAACUCAAUGGCUCCAGAGCACAGGUUUCGGAGGUUGACUUGUCUGCUGGCCGGUACCAAGUUCAUUUGGAGAAUGGCAAGCAGAUCAAGGUGAAGUUCGAAAACGUUCUUUGUUGA